AUGACGGUGAGGGGGACCCUGUAAACUAAAUGACUGUCAGAAAUAUCGCCUCCAUUUGUAAUAUGGUAAGUAGCCAUAGCUCCUUCGAGUGUCUGCUGCAGUCACUUUCGGCCACCUUGUCUGUGUAAUGAUGAUGAUGAGAGAGGUUCAUGGUCGAAUUGCUCCUGGGAGCUCGAGCUGAUCCGCUGUAGUAUCAAGCCACCAGUCCUUGCUUGACAGGGAUGCCAUCAUUUUGGAAGGGUAGCUUUAUCUUGAAUGAUGAGUAUGAGGCCUACAUGUUUAGCUACUCUAGCCAAAUAAACACAUACAAUGUAUAUUGGCAACGUCAGGAAAAUGGGUAUCAGACAGCAACGUUGUCACACAUAAAGCUUGCUGUGCAAACGUCACAGUCACCUCUUAGUACGGUGAGUGACGUGGUUUGACACGUUGAUUUCAAGUGUCAGUCUCGUGUGAAUUUAAAGAUCCCGAAGCUUAGCUUGGAAGUGAAGCAAGGGAAUAUGACAGAUCCUCUCAUAUGGGCAUGGAACUAUGCUAAUCUAUAUUUAAAGGGCCCAUGUGCUGUGUGAAAGUGGUUUUCAGGUCAGUUUCCUCAAUUACAUUUUUAGUCACAGUCAGAGAAUAUCCUGUCUCAUGACAAUGGUCCCAUCCCCACUGCUGCACAUGUAUACACCUUUGUGUACCUGCUGCAGAGCCAAGGGAGGGAUUGGUGAAUGCAGUGUAAUAAGCUUUUAGUGGUGGGAGACUUUGAUUACAAUUAUUCUAUGAUUAAUUUAAAUGUUUUGGGUUCAUUGUCUCACAUGGAGGUGAUGACUUAGACGUCUUGCCAAGGGCAUUAAUGAUGGGCAUCUUACUGACUCGGUGUAUAGAGGAGGUCCUUAGGUGUAACACUUUACAUUGCAGUGUCCUUAUGACUGUGUAAUUAGUCCACACAGUAAUAAGGACACUAGGGUAUUGUAGUGUUACCUUUCUUUACCAGAACCGUGUUUAGGCUACUGAAUCUAGCUGUUGAUAAGGAUUCAAAAGUUCAGGAAGAUGUCAUGUUUGGAAGUACAAACAUUUUAUGUGACACAGAGCAUUUGAUUGGUGUUGAAUGGGACUGUUAUCAUCUGGUCUUUGUUUUCUUUCCUUUGUACCAUUGUUUGUGUAAGCUUUGAUGGGACGUUAUUAUUUAGAUGAGACAAGCAAGUGUACAUUGUCUAGUUUGAUGGAACACUUAAUGUGUCUUUGGCUCAGCGGUGUGUGUCUGUAUGAGAAAUUCAAGCUUGAGGAGUCAGUCAAAACGGAAAUCAGAGACAACAAAGCAAGGUAUUCUGGUCUGCUUUGACUGAGAGAAAAUGAUAGCGAUUUUAAGACUAAAGCAACGCUAGCAGAAGUCUCUGUUCACUCAACAAAGCCAUGGCCUCAUCUGGAACCUCUGAGCUCUGGUUAGCCAAUGGGCUCGGUCAGGAGAUAAAUGCCCUGUCACCACAUUACGGAAUGUUAAAUGCUCUUGAAUAUUUACAUCCCCCCUGAGUGAAGAGGUUGGUAGGGAGUUUGUCUGAUGAUGAAACCAAAUUAUUCCUGAUUUCCAGUAGUAUGAAUAAGCAGGGUUUGUGAUGGGGAAACUGCGAGCUUCAUGAAAGCCAUAAUAGGCCGGAGUGGACUGCCAGUCAUGGUCAGAAAUAAUCCAGGCAUUGACAUACACUACCGGUCAAAAGUUUUAGAACACCUACUCAUUCAAGGGUUUUUCUUUAUUUUUACUAUUUUCUACAUUGUAGAAUGAUAUGGGAAGACAUCAAAACUAUGAAAUAAUACAUAUGGAAUCAUGUAGUAACCAAAAAAGUGUUAAACAAAUCAAAAUAUAUUUUAUAUUUGAGAUUCUUCAAAUAGCCACCCUUUGCCUUGAUGACAGCUUUGCACACUCUUGGCAUUCUCUCAACCAGAUUCACCUGGAAUGCUUUUCCAACAGUCUUGAAGGAGUUCCCACAUAUGCUGAGCACUUGUUGGCUGCUUUUCCUUCACUCUGCGGUCCGACUCAUCCCAAACCAUCUCAAUUUGGUUGAGGUCAGGGGAUUGUGGAGGCCAGGUCAUCUGAUGCAGCACUCCUUCACUCUCCUUCUUGAUAAAUAGCCCUUACACAGCCUGGAGGUGGGUUGGGUCAUUGUCCUGUUGAAAAACAAAUGAUAGUCCCACUAAGCCCAAACCAGAUGUGAUGGUGUAUCGCUGCAGAAUGCUGUGGUAGCCAUGCUUGUUAAGGGUGCCUUGAAUUCUAAAUAAAUCACAGACAGUGUCACCAGCAAAACACCCCCACACCGUAACACCUCCUCCUCCAUGCUUUACGGUGGGAAAUACAUAUGCGGAGAUCAUCCGUUCACCCACACAACGCCUCACAAAGACACGGUGGUUGGAACCAAAAAUCUCCAAUUUGGACUCCAGACCAAAGGACAGAUUUCCACCGGUCUAAUGUCCAAUGCUCGUGUUUCUUGGCCCAAGCAGGUCUCUUCUUAUUAUUUGUGUCCUUUAGUAGGUUUCUUUGCAGCAAUUCGACCAUGAAGGCCUGAUUCACACAGUCUCCUCUGAACAGUUGAUGUUGAGAUGUGUCUGUUACUUGAACUCUGUGAAGCAUUUAUUUGGGCUGCAAUGUCUGAGGCUGGUAACUGUAAUGAACUUAUCCUCUGUGGCAGAGGUAACUCUGGGUCCUCAUGAGAGCCAGUUUCAUCAUAGCGCUUGAUGGUUUUGCAACUGCACUUGAAGAAACUUUAAAAGUUCUUCAAAUGUUCCGUAUUGAGUGACCUUCAUGUCUUAAAGUAAUGAUGGACUGUAAUUUAUCUUUGCUUAUUUGAGCUGUUCUUGCCAUAAUAUGGACAUGGUCUUUUACUAAAUAGGGCUAUCUUCUGUAUACCCCCACUACCUUGUCACAACACAACUGAUUGGCUCAAACGCAUUAAGAAGGAAAUAAAUACAUUCCACAAAUUAACCUUUAAGAAGGCACUCCUGUUAAUUGAAAUGCAUUCCAGGUGACUACCUCAUGAAGCUGGUUGAGAGAAUGCCAAGAGUGUGCAAAGCUGUCAUCAAGGCAACUGGGUGGCUAUUUGAAGAAUCUCAAAUAUAAAAUAUAUUUUGAUUUUGUUUAACACUUUUUUUAACACAUGUGUUAUUUCAUAGUGUUGAUGUCUUCACUAUUAUUCUACAAUGUAGAACAUACUAAAAAUAAAGAAACACCCUUGAAUGAGUAGGUGUUCUAAAACUUUUGACCGGUAGUGUAUAUCUGAAACAAAGGUUAGACUAUUAUGUGAGACAGAGACAUGUGCAGCAUGUGACCUCUCUAUAAAGAGGCUUUGGUCUGUCAGUUCCCUGCAAUAUACUGUACUUACCGGGAUGACUAUUAGGCCAGAGAGCCCUUGACCAGAUUCACUAGCUGCAGUAAUCAUGUGCCUAUGAACCAGAGUGAUACUGUUAGCACUGAGGCAGUGUGCGCUAGUAGGAAGUCCACUGUGUGCAGUUCACCCUGCACUAACAUAAAAAACAUGAGCAUGUUUACCUCUGAUAAGCUUCCCAGUAAAGCAAUAAAAACAAUCAAGCAUUCCAGAAAAGUGCUAAAAAUAGUCCAUGUUAACAUAUGUGACCGACCGGCUCGAUUCGGUCUUAUGUAGCAACAUUUGAAGUGUUUUUUUUUUUUUUUUUUUUACAUUGGCUCAAAGUAGAGACUAAGAGCUAGAAAAUGGUAUAUCAUACACUACAGUUGAGGAACAAUGGGGAAAGUAAUUCUGCUUUGAAAGUUGAUAAUUUUGUUAAACCUACUGGAGAGUUCUUCUUUGUCUACACCCAUUCAGCAUCGUUCACACCCUCUUAACCCAUCUCUUUAAGGAGUCACGUGAGGCCAUGUACUAAACAACCAAAGAUUUCAAAAUUAAAGGCUGGUUUAUAUUACGGGUGUGUUUGCAAAUUCAAUCUAGAGUGCCAGAGUGCGCUAAGGGUAAGCUUAGGGUGUUCGUAAACUCAGAGCGUUGUCAGCUUGUCUGUUCGUAAACUUAGAGCGUUUCGCUCUCUGAGUGUUCAGAGCGCACACUGGACGCUCUGGUCGAGGAGUAGGGUUGAUCCGAGCGUUCUGACCUCACAAUGGCAGUCAAGCACCCAAGCUAAGUGGCUAAAGUUGGCUAGUUUGCUAGCUACUUCCAGACACAAAUGAGAGAACACCUCACUCUGACCAUUUUACUCGCCCUAGUAGAGCGUUAGUGACUAACUGUGCUGCUGGCAACAAUUUAAUUACGCUUUUUUUCCAACGUUUACUGACACCGGCCAUAUUCAACGCGUGUUGAGUGUUCGUAAAUUCGUCAGUUAUUCUGCGCUCUGGCACACUCAGACGACUGUGCUCUGAAAUCAGAGUGAAUUUACCAGCUAUGUCAAUCAACAGUUGUAGCAGUGACAUCAUAAACAUUCUAUUGAAAUGGUUACUUGCAUAGUGGAGUCUUUUGUUUAGACAUGUAGCUAGCUAGUUAAACAAUUAACUAUAAUCCCAACUCAUAACGUUACUACCCUGCAUGAAUCUGCAGGUAACUAACCAACCAGGUUCAAUGUUAGCUAGCUAGCAAACAUUAGGCUAUAACUAGCAAUGCAAAUGGCUCUGAGAUACGAAUAAUAUUACUACACAGAUCAUACAUGUAAUGUUAGCUAGCGAACCAGCCAGCUAAUGUUAGCUAGCUAGCUAACAGUACGCUUUAACUUGAAAUGAAAACGACUUUCUGACAAAAUUAGAAACGUGUAAUAUCUGAAAAUGUAACUAGCUAGACUAUCUUACCCGUAUACAUGGAUGGACACUUCUCCCUCUGUCACGGAUGCCAUGGUUGCCCUUAGUUUGAAGAUGUAAUCCGGAAACAAGUGUUUUAUACAACAGCCUUCUAUGUGUUCUCUUUUCGACUCCCUCUGCAUAUUUGCAAACAAACACCAGAAUUUACUCCAUCUCCUUAGCUAUCAUUCUCUAAUUCCACCGGGCAUUCCACUGAUUUCAAAACUCGGUCCUCCAGAAAGUGGAGAGCAACACUUCUGCAGUUCUACUAUGUGAUAUCUUUCAAAAAAGCCGCUUUAGAAAGGAUUACCUACACAUACUGACCAGCUCAUGUUACAGACAGACGCGUGCUCCAUGGCAGACAAAUCCGAACUCAUCUCUCGGCACGUCCAGCCCAUCCAUUAUCUCAGCCAAUCAUGGCUAGCGGGAAGGUUCCUGUCUUUUUCCGUGGCUAAACCAACUUGGCUCGUAAUGUAACCAUUUUAUUCGUAUUUACAAAUGGCGUACAAGUUUGUUAUUAAGGCAAAUGAAAGAGCACAUGUUCCAGAAGGCAUUUCUGGCCAAAAACGCAUUUUGAUUUUUAAAAAAAGUUUACGUUCAAAUGGCUCUCCUGUGAAGUAGUGACGCACGAAGUAGUGAUUCCUGAAAUGAAUCACAUAUGUAGCUUAAGAAACAAGGUUCAUGAAAUCAAUAAUUUGCAAGUAACAGAUGACAUUCAUAUUCUGACAAUCUCUGAAACUCACUUAGAUGAUACAGUGGUAGCAAUACAUGGUUAUAAGUUCUACAGAAAAGGCAGAAAUACCAAAGGUGGUGUGGCCGUUUAUAUUCAGAACCACAUUCCUGUAAAGCUUAGAGAGGAUCUCAUGUUAAAUACUGAAGUAAUAUGGCUACAGGUUCAUCUACCUCACCUAAAGCCCAUUCUGGUGGGAAGCUGCUAUAGACCAAUAAGUGCUAACAGUUAGGAUCUGGAUAACAUGUGAAAUGCUUGAUAAUGUAUGUGAUAACAACUGAGAGGUAUAUUUUCUGGGAGAUUUUAAAUAUUCACUGGCUGCACAACCGAUUGGCAAACAUACUGCAAAUUGAGAAAUCGUGACUAAACUGAAUAAAAAUAAGAAGCUACACAAUGAAACAAAGAUAAAUGACAUAAAGAAUGAUAGUAAAAAGCUUUGGAGAACCUUAAAUAAAAUGUUUGCCAAAAAGGCCAACUCAGCGCCAUCAUUCAUUGAAUCAGAUGACUCAUUCAACCACAAAACCCACUGAUAUUGCCAACUACUUUAAUGACUUUUUUCAUUGGCAAGAUUAACAAACUUAGGCAUGACAGCAACAAACACUGACACUACACAUCCAAGUAUAGGUGUCUCCUGAGUGGCGCAGUGGUCUAAGGCACUGCAUCGCAGUGCUAGCUGUGCCACUAGAGAUCCUGGUUCAAAUCCAGGCUCUGUCGUAGCCGGCCGUGACCGGGAGACCCAUGGGGCGGCGCGCAAUUGGCCCAGCGUCGUCUAGGGUAGGGGAGGGAAUGGCCGGCAGGGAUGUAGCUCAGUUGAUAGAGCAUGGCGUUUGCAACGGCAGGGUUGUGAGUUCGAUUCCCACAGGGGGUAUGAAAAAAAAUUAAAAUAAUGUAAGUCGCUCUGGAUAAGAGCGUCUGCUAAAUGACGUAAAUGUAAAUGUAUAUCUGACCAAAUUAUGAAAGACAAGCAUUGUAAUUUUGAAUUCCGUAAAGUUAGUUUGGAAGAGGUGAAGAACCUAUUGUUGUCUAUCAACAAUAACAAGCCACUGGGGUCUGACAACUUGGAUGGAAAAUUACUGAGGGUAAUAACGGACGAUAUUGCCACUCCUAUUUGCAAUAUCUUCAAUUUAAGCCUACUAGAAAGUGUGUGCCCUCAGGCCUGGAGGGAAGCAAAAGUCAUUCCGCUACCUAGGAAUAAGGUUACCAACCCUUAGUAAACUUUUGGAAAUAAUUGUGUUUGACCAGAUACAAUGCUAUUUUACUGUAGACAAAUUGACAACAGACUUUCAGCACGCUUAUAGGGAAGGACAUUCAACAAGCACAGCACUUACACAAAUGACUGAUGAUUGGCUGAGAGAAAUUGAUGAUAAAAAGAUUGUGCGGUUUUUGACAUUAUCGAUCAUACAGUAGUCUGCUGCCGGAAAAACGUAUGUGUUAUGGCUUUACACCCCAUGCUACAUUGUGGAUAAAGAGUUACCUGUCUAACAGAAAACAGAGUGUGUUCUUUAAUGGAAGCCUCUCCAACAUAAUCCAGGUAGAAUCAGGAAUUCCCCAGGCCAGCUGUCUAGGCCCCUUACCUUUUUUCAAUCUUUACUAACGACAUGCCACUGGCUUUGAGUAAAGCCAGUGUGUCUAUGUAUGCAGAUGACUCAACACUAUACACAUCAGCUACUACAGCGACUGAAAUGACUGCAACACUUAACAAAGAGCUGCAGUUAGUUUCAGAAUGAGUGGCAAGGAAUAAGUUAGCCCUAAAUAUUUCAAAAACUAAAAGCAUUGUAUUUGGGACAAAUCAUUCACUAAACCCUAAACCUCAACUAAAUCUUGUAAUAAAUCGUGGAAAUUGAGCAAGUUGAGGUGAGUAAACUGCUUGGAGUAACCCUGGAUUGUAAACUGUCAUGGUCAAAACAUAUUGAUACAACAGUAGCUAAGAUGGUGAGAAGUCUGUCCAUAAUAAAGCACCGCUCUGCCUUCUUAACAGCACUAUCAACAAGGCAGGUGCUACAGGCCCUAGUUUUGUCGCACCUGGACUACUGUUCAGUCCUGUGGUCAGGUGCCACAAAGAGGGACUUAGGAACAUUUCAAUUGGCUCAGAACAGGGCAGCAAUGCUGGCCCUUGGAUGUACACAGAGAGCUAACAUUAAUAAUAUGCAUUUCAAUCUCUCCUGGCUCAAAGUGGAGGAGAGGUUGACUUCAUCACUACUUAUAUUUGUGAGAGGUAGUGACAUGUUUAAUGCACCGAGCUGUCUGUUUCGGACACCCAUGCAUACCCCAUAAGACAUGCCACCAGAGGUCUCUUCACAGUCCCUAAGUUCAGAACAGACUAUGGGAGGCUCACAGUACUACAUAGAGCCAUGACUAUGUGGAACUCUAUUCCACAUCAAGUAACUCAUGCAAGCAGUGUAAAAUGUGAUUUAAAAAAAACAGAUAAAAAUACACCUUAUGGAACAGCGGGGACUGUGAAGCAACACAAGCAUAGACACAUGCAAACACAUGAUAACAUACGCACUAUACACACACGUAUACAUGGAUUAUGUGUUGUAUAGUAGUGGCCUGAGGGCACACACUUAAUGUGUUGUGAAAUCUGUUGUGAAUGUAUUGUAAUGUUUUACAUUUUUUAUAACUGCCUUAAUUUAGCUGGACCCCAGGAAGAGUAGCUGCUGCCUUGGCUAAUGGGGAUCCAUAAUACAUACAAAUACUAGCUUGGGGGUUUGCAACAGUCUACCUUUUUGCUUACAACACAGCCCUGAAGGAGAUAGAACAGACAUGUGUGAGUAAGGUUCUCCAGAUGAUGUGUAGCCUAUUUCAUGCAUAAUAAGGAUGUUUUGACAGUGCACAUUUGAGCUCAUGUUCCCUCUCUCUGGUCUCCUUCAGGGCACCAAUGCCUCUGCUCUGGAGAAAGACAUUGGUCCGGAGCAGUUCCCAAUCAACGAACACUACUUUGGAUUGGUCAACGUAAGUGUCAUUCACUCUGUCCACUAGGUCACUACUGAGUCAUGUUUCCCAUUGGACAGGUGGUUGGUGUUAACACCUUUUAUGAGAAACAGGUUGUUUUGUUUGCUGGACUGCCAGUAAUGCUACCAUUGUUUAUGAAUGAUGUCUUUACACAGUUUUGAUGUCUCUGGCUGUCCCAGUUUCCCUGCUAUUCUAUUUCCGUUGGCUAAACAAAACAAAUCUCUGAGGAACUUCUGUUACCCAACUACUCUGUUAGCCAACCCUUCAGGUGGCUUCUGUUUAAUGACUUGAAUGUAAAAUAAAUGUUGAGCGGCUUCACUGCAGGUGGAUUGUAUGUAUAAAAAAAUAACCUUCAGAUGGAGAUUGUUGAUACUAAAAGCAGAGUUUGGCUAGCCGGGUUGCUGUCUCUGUUCAGCUAUUACAUUCCACUCCUUGCCACUCCUGUCAUUUGCCAAAAAGACUGGCCUUUGCAAUCUUCAAAUAUGAGCUCGAGGAGAUUAGAGGAUUUGAUCCUGAUUUGAUAGCCCUCACGUCUAUCACCCAAUCACAAUGUUUAUGCAAAUUAGACUGAUAGGAAAACGUUCUAACUUUUUUAUUGGAAGCAUUCUAAUAUUGGGCAUUCUGACAUAAUACAUUUAAUUGUAAACAUAACAUUGGACGUGGGGAGAACAGAGGAUUCCUGUUUAUUGCAUUUGUACCCUAUUUGUAAGUCGCUCUGGAUAAGAGCGUCUGCUAAAUGACGUAAAUGUAAUGUAAAUGUACCACCAGCCAAUGUGAUCACAUCACACCAGAAAUGCUCUCGCCAUUCAAAGUUCCCCGCCAGUUCAUUGUGAACGCUGUAGCCUAUUUUAUAUCCAGCAAGAAAGAGUGAGGGGAAAAAAGUAUUUGAUCCCCUGCUGAUUUUGUACAUUUGCCCGCUGACAAAGAAAUGAUCAGUCUAUAAUUUUAAUGGUAGGUUUAUUUGAACAGUGAGAGACAGAAUAACAACAAAACAUCCAGAAAAAUGCAUGUCAAAAAUGUUAUAAAUUGAUUUGCAUUUUAAUGAGGGAAAUAAGCAUUUGACCCCUCUGCAAAACAUGACUUAGUACUUGGUGGCAAAACCCUUGUUGGCAAUCACAGAGGUCAGACGUUUCUUGUAGUUGGCCACCAGGUUUGCACACAUCUCAGGAGGCAUUUUGUCCCAUUCCUCUUUGCAGAUCUUCUCCAAGUCAUUAAGGUUUCGAGGCUGACGUUUGGCAACUCGAACCUUCAGCUCCCUCCACAGAUUUUCUAUGGAAUUAAGGUCUGGAGACUGGCUAGGCCACUCCAGGACCUUAAUGUGCUUCUUCUUGAGCCACUCCUUUGUUGCCUUGGCCGUGUGUUUUGGGUCAUUGUCAUGCUGGAAUACCCAUCCACGACCCAUUUUCAAUGUCCUGGCUGAGGGAAGGAGGUUCUCACAUAAGAUUUGAUGGUACAUGGCUCCGUCCAUCGUCCCUUUCAUGCGGUGAAGUUGUCCUGUCCCCUUAGCAGAAAAACACCCCCAAAGCAUAAUGUUUCCACCUCCAUGUUUGACGGUGGGAUGGUGUUCUUAGGGUCAUAGGCAGCAUUCCCCCUCCUCCAAACAUGGCGAGUUGAGUUGAUGCCAAAGAGCUCCAUUUUGGUCUCAUCUGACCACAACACUUUCACCCAGUUCUCCUCUGAAUCAUUCAGAUGUUCAUUGGCAAACUUCAGACGGGUAUGUAUAUGUGCUUUCUUGACCAGGGGGACCUUGCGGGCGCUGCAGGAUUUCAGUCCUUCACGGUGUAGUGUGUUACCAAUUGUUUUCUUGGUGACUAUGGUCCCAGCUGCCUUGAGAUCAUUGACAAGAGCCUCCGUGUAGUUCUGGGCUGAUUCCUCACCGUUCUCAUGAUCAUUACAACUCCACGAGGUGAGAUGUUGCAUGGAGCCCCAGGCUGAGGGAGAUUGACAGUUCUUUUGUGUUUCUUCCAUUUGCGAAUAAUCGCACCAACUGUUCUCACCUUCUCACCAAGCUGCUUGGCGAUGGUCUUGUAGCCCAUUCCAGCCUUGUGUAGGUCUACAAUCUUGUCCCUGACAUCCUUGGAGAGCUCUUUGGUCUUGGCCAUGGUGGAGAGUUUGGAAUCUGAUUGAUUGAUUGCUUCUGUGGACAGGUGUCUUUUAUACAGGUAACAAGCUGAGAUUAGGAGCACUCCCUUUAAGAGUGUGCUCCUAAUCUCAGCUCGUUACCUGUAUAAAAGACACCUGGGAGCCAGAAAUCUUUCUGAUUGAGAGGGGGUCAAAUACUUAUUUCCCUCAUUAAAAUGCAAAUCAAUUUAUAACAUUUCUGACAUGCGUUUUUCUGGAUUUUUUUGUUGUUAUUUUGUCUCUCACUGUUCAAAUAAACCUACCAUUAAAAUUAUAGACUGAUCAUUUCUUUGUCAGUGGGCGAACGUACAAAAUCAGCAGGGGAUCAAAUACUUUUGUCCCUCACUGUAUACAGUACUAGUCAAAAGUUUGGACACACCUACUCAUUCAAGGGUUUUUCUUUAUUUUUACUAUUUUCUACAUUGUAGAAUAAUAGGGAAGACAUCAAAACUAUGAAAUAACACAUAUGGAAUCAUGUAGUAACCAAAAAAGUGUUAAACAAAUGAAAAUAUAUUUUAUAUUUGAGAUUCUUCAAAUAGCCACCCUUUGCCUUUGAUGACAGCUUUGCACACUCUUGGUAUUCCCUCAACCAGCUUCACCUGGAAUGCUUUAACAACAGCCUUGAAGGAGUUCCCACAUAUGCUUAACACUUGUUGGCUGCUUUUCCUUCACUCUGCAGUCCGACUCAUCCCAAACCAUCUCAAUUGGGCUGAGGUCGGGAGAUUGUGGAGGCCAGGUCAUCUGAUGCCGCACUCCAUCACUCUCCUUCUUGGUAAAAUAGCCCUUACACAGCCUGGAGGUGUGUUGGUUCAUUGUCCUAUUGAAAAACAAAUGAUAGUCCCGUUAAGCCCAAACCAGAUGGGAUGGCGUAUCGCUGCAGAAUGCUGUGGUAGCCAUGCUGGUUAAGUGUGCCUUAAAUUCUAAAUAAAUCACAGACAGUGUCACCAGCAAAGCACCCCACACCAUAACACCACCUCUUCCAUGCUUUACGGUGGGAACUACACAUGCAGAGAUCAUCUGUUCACCCACACCGCGCCUCACAAAGACACGGCGGUUGGAACCAAAAGUCUCCAAUUUGGACUCCAGACCAAAGGACAAAUUUCCCCCGGUCUAAUGUCCAUUGCUCGUGUUUCUUGGCCAAGCAGGUCUCUUCUUAUUAUUUGUGUCCUUUAGUAGGUUUCUUUGCAGCAAUUCGACCAUGAAGGCCUGAUUCACACAGUCUCCUCUGAACAGUUGAUGUUGAGAUGUGUCUGUGACUUGAACUCAUUUAUUUGGGCUGCAAUUUCUGAGGCUGGUAACUGUAAUGAACUUAUCCUCUGCAGCAGAGGUAAUUCUGGGUCUUCCAUUCCUGUUGUGGUCCUCAUGAGAGCCAGUUUCAUCAUACCGCUUGAUUGUUUUUGCGACUGCACUUGAAGAAACUUUCAAAGUUCUUGAAAUGUUCCGUAUUGACUGACCUUCAUGACUUAAAGUAACGAUAGACUGUCAUUUCUCUUUGCUUAUUUGAGCUGUUCUUGCCAUAAUAUGGACUUGGACUUUUACCAAAUAGAGCCAUCUUCUUUAUACCCCCACUACCUUGUCACAACACAACUGAUUGACUCAAACGCAUUAAGAAGGAAAGAAAUUCCAGAAAUUAACUUUUAAGAAGGUACAGCUGUUAAUUGAAAUGCAUUCCAGGUGACUACCUCAUGAAGCUGGUUGAGAGAAUGUCAAGAGUGUGCAAAGCUGUCAUCAAGGCAAAGGGUGGCUAUUUGAAUAAUCUCAAAUAUAAAAUAUAUUUUGAUUUGUUAAACAUUAUUUUGGUUACUACAUGUUUCCAUAUGUGUUAUUUCAUAGUUUUGAUGUCUUCACUAUUAUGUAAAAAUAAAGAAAAACACUUGAAUGAGCAGGUUUGUUCAAACUUUUGACUGGUAGUGUAUAUUAUUUUUUUACUGCUCAAAAUAAGUGACCAAACUACACUGAACAAAAAUAUAAACACAACAUGUAAAGUGUUGGUCCCAUGUUUCAUGAACUGAAAUAAAAGAUCCCAGAAAUGUUCCAUACGCACUGUUUAUUUCACUCAAAUUUUGUGCACAAUUUUGUUUACAUCCCUGUUAGUGAGCAUUUUUCCUUUGCCAAGAGAAUCCAUCCACCUGUCAGGUGUGGCAUAUCAAGAAGCUGAUGAAACAGCAUGAUUAUUACACAGGUGCACCUUGUGCUGAGGUCAAUAAAUGGCCACUCUAAAAUUUGCAGAUUUGUCACACAACAAGUUUUGAGGGAGCGUGCAAUAGGCAUGCUGACUGCAGGGAUGUCCACCAGAGCUGUUGCCAGAGAAGUAAAUGUUAAUUUGUCUACCAUAAGCCACCUCCAAUGUCGUUUUAGAGACUUUGGCAGUACGUCCAACCGGCCUCACAACCGCAGAUCACGUGUAUGGCAUCGUGUGGGCGAGCGGUUUGCUGAUGUCAACGUUGUGAACAGAGUGCCCCAUGGUGGCGGUGGGGUUAUGGUAUGGGCAGGCAUAAGCUACGGACAACGAACACAAUUUGCGUUUUAUCGAUGGAAAUUUGAAUGCACAAAAAUACCAUGACGAGAUCAUGAGGCCCAUUUUUUUUAAAGGUAUCUGUGACCAAUUAGGACCUAAUUUAUUUAUUUCAAUUCACUGAUUUCCUCAUAUGAACUGUAACACUGUAAAAUAAAUGAAAUUGUUGCAUACUGCGUUUAUAUUUUUGUUCAGUAUAUAUUGCUACUUCUGGGUAACACAUUGGGCAAGGCUACUGGUUCAAGAGCUAUAAGAGGAAUACAGAGAGGAUGGAAGAGAUGCCAGUGGAGAUGCAUGAAUUGUGCAAGAAGGGAACAGUGAGUGAAGACGGAGAUGUUCAAGUUAGAAGUUGAUUCAUAGGCUGGGCUAUAAAUCCACCACUCGUAUACGAGCCUAUAUAUUAGGCCUAGCUUACUACAGUGAAUUUAGGCGACCACCAUCUGUGCCAUGCAAGCGUAGAGACAAAAACAAUUCAAAAGAAGAUGACGAACAAGCUAUAAAGGAAAAAUACUGAUAAAAAAUAUUGUCAAAAAGAUACGCUAUAUCGCCAAAAAUAAUAUAUAACCGAUAUGUAACUGUAUGUAACCCCCCCCCCCCCCCCCCCCAUCACUAUGUCUAAUGUGGAUUGCUAAAAUAAUGACUAUGAUCAGAAUUCCUCAGUUUAAAUAUUAGGCCUAUGGGGACACCAUACAUUUGGCAGCCAAGCACGAGUUAUCACUGUAGCCUUUUAUCGUCUAGACAUUAUGUUAAAAUAUCUUCACGCCUAGAAUAAAAACGUCUAUGUCCAUUCAGAAAGUUUCCUAAAGUAGCCUGUCUGGAAUCCAUCUCUUUAAAAGAGAGGCGGGACAAAUAAUAGAACUGAAAUGAUCAUAACAACAUUCAUCAAGUUUUUGUACUUUUUACCCCUUUUUCUCCCCAAUUGGUAGUUACAGUCUUGUCCCAUCGCUGCAACUACCGUACGGACUCAGGAGAGGCGAAGGUCGAGAGCCAUGCGUCCUCCGAAACACGACCCUGCCAAGCCGCACUGCUUCUUGACCUGGAAGCCAGCCGCACCAAUGUGUCGGAGGAAACACCGUACAACUGGCGACCAAAGUCAGCGUGCAUGCGCCCAGCCCACCACAAAGAGUCGCUAGAGCGCGAUGGGACAAGGACAUCCCGGCCGGCCAAACCCUCCCCUAACCCGGAUGACGCUGGGCCAAUUGUGUGCCGCCUCAUGGGUCUCCCGGUCGCGGCCGGCUGCAACACAUCCUGGGAUCGAACGCGAGUCUGCAGUGACGCCUCUAGCACUGCGAUGCAGUGCCUUAGUCCGCUGCGCCCCUCGGGAGGCCCCCAACAUUUAAAAAAUGUAAGCAAGUCAUGAUGAUCAGCAUAUUGACGUGGAUGUCGAUUAAGGCAGCCCCCCGCACCUCUCUGAUUCAGAGGUGUUGGGUUAAAUGCGGAAAACACAUUUCAGUUGAAUGCAUUCAGUUGUACAACUGACUAGGUAUCUCCUUUACCUUUCCCAUAUGUGCGAGGAAUGAUGACCAGGUGCCAGUUUUGCAUUUCUUUCCUCUCAUUAGUGGGAUGCAACUGAAGCAAAUGUUGAAUCUUGUAGGCUAAUAUUUUCCAAAUCAUUAUUUCUCUCUCUCAUUACGGAGUCCUCUAUAGCCACUUUGAACAACAUAAUCUUCUCACAAGGGAAUGACUGCAGCAGGUGAUAACGGUAUCGUUUGUUGUUCUUAAAAUUAUAAUUCUAUAUUGCGCCAAAUUUGCGCGCACCCCAUGUUCCAUAACGUUGUCAUGGAACAUAUUAAUGAUGUUUCCAACUACCAAUCAGCAACUGCACCGUAAAUCUGGCUGCAUAUUAAAUGUUAAGGUUGCCCGAAAGACCAGUCUCUGGCAAAUGACAGGAGUGGAACGUUAGCUAAAAAGACUGGUACCAGGACUAGUCUGGCUAAACUAAAUUAAAAUUCAUCCAUUUAUCUGAUGGCUGCUGUGCAGUCUGGCUCUGACAUAUCCCUUUUUAUGUGUAAGAGCACUCAUCUCACCUUGUUUUUACAGUCUUGCACCAAGUCUCUAUUGGAGGUGACGGUCAUGAAUCUUCUCUCCGUUUUCAAUGUUAAUUUUUCCGGUCCUCAAACACAGUGUUAAAAAUCUCACGCUCUCUUUUUCUAUUUGUCCCUGCCGGGUUGGCCCCCUCAGUUUGGCAACACUUGUUACUGUAACUCGGUGCUUCAGGCCCUGUACUUCUGCCGGCCCUUCCGGGAGAACGUGCUGGCCUACAAGGCCCAGCAGAAGAAGAAGGAGAACCUGCUCACGUGUCUGGCAGACCUCUUCCACAGCAUCGCCACCCAGAAGAAAAAGGUGGGAGUCAUCCCGCCCAAGAAGUUCAUCUCACGCCUGCGCAAGGAGAAUGGUGAGGGACACUACACCAAACCCAAAUACAAUUACUGUCUGCCAGGGACUGUCUGGGAGAGGGCUGAGGCUGGGGACAAAUACACUAGAGGACUAUGGUGUAAUAGCCUCAUAGCUUCCAUUUUGUAUCGGUUGUCAUAUGAUUGUUCUUGGUAGUAUUGGUAGUAAGUCAAACUGACUGUGUUGAUCGGUUUCAGACCAGCGUUUAGAGGUUUCAGACUGCUGAGACCAGUUGUCUUGAAUCAAUCGUUUUCAGGACAGCAUGUUUUGAACUGGGGAUUGGGAUAGGGCUAGAGAGGCAAUGGAAGUGUUUUUGACAGGUGAUUGUGGGGUGAAGGGCAGGUGCGUGUGGCGGUGCAGACGUUCAGAGCAUGGAACUGGAAUAGAAGCAGGUUGUUGUUCUCAGGAAGCUCUCUCUAUUAAUGAACAAUGAACAUCUAUGUGUGGACUAAGGACUGGUCAGCUGCCUUCUCUCCUUCAUUCUCUCACUUUCACUCUCACAUUCUCUCUCUCCUGCUCUCCAACUUCACUUUUCACACAUAUCUGAUUUGUGUGUGCAUGCAUGUUAAUUGAUCUGCCUUGAUUCACCUUGACCAGGACUGUUGACUGACUGAUCACCUUUCUACACAGUUGCCCUAAAAGCCCCUGUCCUCUGUUUCUCCCCCUACAGACCUGUUUGACAACUACAUGCAGCAGGACGCCCAUGAGUUCCUCAACUACCUGCUGAACACGGUGGCAGACAUCCUGCAGGAGGAGAAGAAGCAGGAGAAGCAGAACGGCCGCCUCAAGAACAACGGCACCACCGUCACCACGGAGACGGAGCCCGAGAACAAGCCCACAGAGCCCACCUGGGUGCAUGACAUCUUCCAGGGAACUUUGACCAAUGAGACGCGAUGCCUCAACUGUGAGACGGUGAGUCAGGGCUGGUGUAUCCUGUAGAGUGGUUUAUGGGGUAGAGGGUUUUAUGGAGCCUCGCAAGCUGCCUGAUCUCGCAAGUUUACAUCCGUGCAGCGAAACAUUCAUGUAAGCUCGCGAGAUCAGGCGGCUUGCGAGGCAGGCGGCUUGCGAGGCUAGGUUUUAUGUUCUCUGGCAGUGAUUGAAAUGGGUGGUCCUAAUUCGACCAAGUCAUGUGGGACAUAAACGCUUAUGUAAGAAUACUUUAUUGAUUGGAAAUGUGUCUCUUGUUUUUUUUAACUCAACCUCCUUUGUCAGCAAUGUUGGUAAUGCUUUGACAAUCCACUACCAGGGCUUGGCUAAAUGACUGUCUCCCACAAAGAGAUUAGCUCUGUCUGUAAUAGUAAGCUCUCAGCUCUGACGGAUGUCCUCCAAUCAGCCCCCACAGGCUGUGGCAUAGGCCUGUCACUCGCUCUGUCUGUACCUGUGACGCAGGAGGUAUUGGUGCUCAGAGAGGAAGAGCAGAGAGAGGGAGGUAGAGAUUGGCCCUGAACAACCCUCUUCACCACGCUACAGGCACUGUGCUUCUCACUCACACUGAUACUUGCAACCCUAUCAACACAUCAAAGAGACUCGCUCUCUCAUCUCGUGUGCCGGUGUGUGGUCAGGUCACAGAGCAGGAGCAGCAUCAGUGCCUUUCAGCACGUGAAGAGGCCAGUACACUGACUCAUCUCAUCUGUGUGUUUCUCCUUCCCCCUCUCUCUCUCUCUCUCGCACAGGUGAGCAGCAAAGAUGAGGACUUCCUGGAUCUGUCUGUGGACGUAGAGCAGAAUACAUCAAUCACGCACUGUCUUAGGUAAUAUUGACCUGUUACCUGGUACCUUUCUGUACCAUAACUGCUCCCUGUAUCAACCUUACUGACGCAGUCCCCUCUGUGUGUUUUGUGUUCCCCAGGGACUUCAGUAACACAGAGACCUUGUGCAGUGAAUACAAAUACUACUGUGAGACAUGCUGCAGCAAGCAGGAGGCCCAGAAACGGUCAGUACACAACACGCUCCCACUUAGAUUGGGUGUGUAUGACUGCGGUAUCUUUUAGUCUUUGCCUAUCUGUAUAUAACUCCUGUAUGUCCCUGUAGGAUGCGGGUUAAGAAGUUGCCUAUGAUCCUGGCCCUGCACCUGAAGCGGUUUAAGUACAUGGAGCAGCUGCACCGAUACACCAAGCUGUCCUAUCGGGUCGUCUUCCCUCUGGAGCUCCGCCUUUUCAACACCUCUGGAGACGCUACCAACCUCGACCGCAUGUACGACCUGGUCGCUGUGGUCGUCCACUGUGGCAGGUAGGGGUCACAAACACAUACACACAUGUCUAUUUUAUACUGGACAAAAAUAUAAACGCAACAUGCAGCAAUUUAAAAUAUUUUACAGAGUUACAGUUCAUAGAAGGAAAUCGGUCAAUUGAAAUAAAUAAAUUAGGUCCUAAUCUAUGGAUUUCACAUGACUGGGCAGGGGCGCAGCCAUGGGUGGCCUGGGAGGGCAUAGGCCCACUCACUUGGGAGCCAGGUCCACUCACUGGAGAGACCGGCCCAGCCAAUCAGAAUUAGUUUUUGUCUCUGGCAACAGCUCUGUUGGAAAUCCCUGCAGUCAGCAUGCCAAUUGCACGCUCCCUCAACUUGAGACAUCUGUGUCAUUGUGUUGUGUGACAAAACUGCACAUUUUAGUGGCCUUUUAUUGUCUAUUGUCCUCAGCACAAGGUGCACCUGUGUAAUGAUCAUGCUGUUUAAUCAGCUUCUUGAUGCCGCACCUGUCAGGUGGAUGUAUUAUCUUGGCAAAGGAGGAAUGCUCACUAACAGGGAUGUAAACAAAUUUGUGCACAAAAUUUGAGAGAAAUAAGCUUUUUGUGCGUAUGGAACAUUUCUGUGAUCUUUUAUUUCAGCUCAUGAAAAAUGGGACCAACACUUUACAUGUUGCAUUUUAUAUUUUUGUUCAGUAUACAUACAGCACCUUUCGACACACAUUCUUAUGCAAACACACUUACUCGUAUCCGAACAAACUUGUACCUUGUACUUAGCAAAGACUUUAUUGUCAUAUCCCUGCUUUCCCCUUCUUUCUUCCUCAGUGGACCCAACAGAGGACACUACAUCACCAUAGUGAAGAGUCACGGCUUCUGGCUGCUGUUUGAUGAUGACAUCGUGGAGGUUUGUGUCACAGUCAUACUGUUCUUGUUUGUUGGCCAGCACACCUGUUUAUAUGCCUCAUACAGCAUGUUUCAUCAUUUGUUGUCUCCCUCUCUGGUUUGUUCAGAAAAUCGAUGCCCAGGCCAUCGAGGAGUUCUAUGGGCUGACGUCAGACAUCUCCAAGAACUCAGAGUCUGGAUACAUCCUCUUUUACCAGUCCAGG